CUCAUUCCCCUGGACUGACUGCCUUCGGUGAUGCCUUGGAUACUACUCAAUUUACUUUGAAAAGGAAAGAGAAAGAAAAAGCUCACUUUUAGCGCAAAACCCCAGAAGCCGCAAAGUACGUGACCAUGGGCGGCGACAUUCCAGAGUCCCGGGCCGGGGCCGAGGCCGACAUCCUGUCCGGGUUCCCGGCAGGCAUCCCCAUCUAUCAUCCCUCGGACCCCAAGUUCCACGAGCUGCGCCUGCUCUUCAACCUCGCUUCGACCAACACGGCCCAUCCCCUGGCGGUGGUGCGGCCGCGCGACGAGCAGGAGCUCGCGACGGCGGUCAAGUUCUGCGCGUCCGCGGGGGUCCCCAUGACGAUCCGGGCCGGGGGCCACGACUUGCAGAUGCGCAACGCGCGCUCGGACGCUGUGAUGAUCGACAUGCGCGAACUCGACACGGUGCGCGUGGUGGAGGACGACGGCACGCAGCGGCGGCAUGCCGUCAUUGGCGGGGGCAGUCUGAUCCGGCACGUCUGGCGGACCCUCGAGGCGCACGGGCUCACCACGCCGGGCGGGUGGUGCAUCAGCGUCGGGUACGCCGGGUGGGCGGCCGGCGGCGGGUACGGGCUGCUGGGGUCGUACUACGGCGCCGGGGCGGACCAGAUCCUCGGCGCCCGCGUCGUCACCCCGCGGGGCGAGAUUGUCGACACGGACGACGACCCGGAGCUGCUGUGGGCCCUGCGCGGGGCCGGCCUCGGCAACUUUGGCGUCGUGCUGGAGCUCCGGGUCAAGGUGUACCCCCAGCCGCGGGUGCUCGCGGGCCUCCUCGUGUUUCCCUUUGCCGAGGCUCGCCAGGUCCUGGGCGGGCUCGAGGACAUGUACGACCAGGGGAUCCCGUCCGCGCUCGCGGCCGAGGCUUCCACCAGGGAUUUCGGCCCCGCCGUGCCGGCAGUGGUCGUCUUCUUCCACUGGAUCCUGGACGGAACCGAGCAGAACGCCGCCGAGGGCCAGGAGUACCUGGCCAAGUACCGCGCUUUGGGCACGGUGGUGGCGGACACGGUUUCGCAAACUACGACCUUGGCCUUCUGCGAGGUAAUGGACACAACGACACCCUACAACACAUCGUUCUACUUCGAGAGCGUGUCGGUAAGCGGCCUCUCCGACGAGCUCAUCGACGCCAUCGCGGCAUCCCCAGCCCCCGAGGGGGCUUACAUCGUCAUCCACCACGCCCACGGCAAGAUGCUCGCCAACAACGACGACGACGACGACGACGGCGGCGACGACAACACGGCGACCGCCUACUGCCUGCGCGAUCGGCACUAUGUCCUGGGCCUGCUGGCGUGCCGGGAUCAUCCGGGAUUCACGAGCGAGGAGGGCACUGCGCGGAUCCAGAACUGGGCGGAAGCCCUGAAUCGCGAGAUCCGCGACAGGCGGAAGCUGGCGCUGGGCCACUGCUACUGGAGCUUUACGAAGAAUGAGGACUGCGACGUUGUUGCUAUCUACGGCGAGGAGGGAGUUGCGAGGUUGAGGGCGCUCAAGAACAAGUAUAACCCUGGGAACGCCUUUCCCGGUUGUUAUCCUGUUCUUUGA